AGAGUGAUUACGUAGCGGGCGGGGCCGGAAGUGCCGCUCCCUGGUGGGGGCUGUUCAUGGCGGUUCUAGGGUCCCGAGCAUUUUUCCUGAUUUUCGACCUAAAUCCAGUUAAAGUGGAGAUACCAAAGUUUGAGGUUCUUGCUGGUGUGAAAUGACUGAGUACAAACUGGUGGUGGUUGGAGCAGGUGGUGUUGGGAAAAGCGCACUUACAAUCCAACUAAUCCAGAACCACUUUGUAGAUGAAUAUGAUCCCACCAUAGAGGAUUCUUACCGUAAACAGGUGGUUAUAGAUGGUGAAACCUGUCUGUUGGACAUACUGGAUACAGCUGGACAAGAAGAAUACAGUGCCAUGAGAGACCAAUACAUGAGAACAGGCGAAGGGUUCCUUUGUGUAUUUGCCAUCAAUAAUAGCAAAUCAUUUGCAGAUAUUAACCUCUACAGGGAACAGAUUAAGCGAGUAAAAGACUCAGAUGAUGUACCUAUGGUGCUAGUAGGAAAUAAGUGUGACUUGCCAACAAGAACAGUUGACACGAAACAAGCCCAUGAACUGGCCAAGAGCUAUGGGAUUCCAUUCAUUGAAACCUCAGCUAAGACCAGACAGGGUGUUGAAGAUGCCUUUUACACACUGGUAAGAGAGAUACGUCAGUACAGAAUGAAAAAACUCAACAGCAGUGAUGAUGGCACACAAGGCUGUAUGGGUUUGCCCUGUGUGGUCAUGUAACGAGAUACUUAGUUCUUCAAAAGAGAGCCACUGUCACGCUGCACUGAUACCCUGGUCCUGACUUUCCUGGAGGAGAAGUAUUCUUGUAGCUAAUAUCUUCAGUUUCAUAAAAGAAAAUCUGGUUACUUCCACAUCUCCGAGUAGAUCAGUACAAUAUUCUUUGUUUGAGAAGUUCUCUGAAUAACUACCUCCUCACUUGCUUGUCUGACCAGAGAAAUGAACCUCUUGUUACACCCCAGUAUUUGUCCAUUCUAGUUUCUCCUCGACAUAAACACCUGCCACCCCCAGAAAACCAAACCAUACACAUAAAUUUUAUAGAAAGUAAUGUCUUGUAUUCUUUAUUAACAACUGCUAGUGAUUACUGGAACUAAAUUUGUUUUGGGAGACUUAAGUUACUAUUUCACUGUUACUGUUUGGUUUGUUAGCUGGCAUCUACUCUGUACUCAGAAAUAUGAAAGUGAAUACUGGUUUUUGAGUCUUAGUCUUCUGGACUUUCAUGUAGUCAUAGCCACUUUUCACAAUGAAGUGCCUUUUUCUUAAAAAUGGUUUUUAGACUUCUUUGUAAUAGUCCAAUGGAAUAGGUGUCUCAGAACCAUUAUACAUGGAAAUGAAUGUUUGAAAUAUUUUUAUGACCUGUCUUUGAGGGAAUGAUAUGCCAGUGUGAAAGCAGAUGCUUUUUUUUUUUUUUAAUGCCUGCUGAAGUUGGUUUUCUAGAUAACUGUUUUGGAUCUCUCCCAGGAGGAAGAUAAUACUAGAAACAAUUAUUAGUAGUUUUACUUAAUUCUAAACUAAUCUCUUUUUAAAAAAUCAGUUACCACUUACAAUAUGUAUGUAGUGACCCCACCCCAAUAAUCUAAUGCCCAGUGAAUAUUAAUUUGCAUGAAAUUUGGGUCACAUCAGAAAACUGUACAUUUUCAGAUGUUCCAAAUUGUAAUGGUUAUGAUUUCUUUACAGGCCUCGAGUAUAUAAACAGAUACAUUGUCACUGCUUGUGAUACCUUAAAUUAUGUGUAUAAUUCUUCUUAACCUUUCACUCUGCCUUCCAUCCCUCACCCUACAGUGAUGGUGUUGCUAAAGGAGCAACAUCAUAUAGUCUUAAAAACUUGAAUAAGCCAAUGACAUCACAGAGAAGUGUUUUCUCAUAUUCUUUAUUGAACCAGUACCUUGAGCUAGUAGUUUUGAUGGAUGCAUGAUAUUAGUCCUGCAAGAACAAAUCAGCACAAAUUCUUUACCAUGACGGGAAAAACAUAGUAUCCUGAAAAGGAUGAGUUAGUAAUGUUUAUAAAUAAAGUAUUUAGUUAUGUGGAAACUAAAUUAAGCCAAUAUUUUUUCUCAUGUUUUUGAGAGUGAGAUUGCCUCAUGAAAAAAUUUUCUUUUCUUAUGGUUCUAUCAUAGAUUUAAAGCAGAAUGUUAGUUUGUGCAUACCAGCUAACAAAAACUCGCAAGUUUGUUCAGAACAAGUCGUCUUCAGUUAGAAAUUACUGUUUUAGAAUGGAAGGGAAAAUGUGACUAUUAUGCGUUCUUAUUUGCUGAUAAUAUCCUGGUAGUGCACUUAGGAAAAAUAGACUUGGAUAACAAGUUCCAAGAUGGAACUUUCCUUUCUGGUUCCCUAAUAUGUAUAUAUACUUAUUGAUGUUCUCUUUCUUCUUCUUUCUUUUUUUUUUUUUGCCUCCAGGGUUAUUACUGGGGCUUAGUCCCUGUACUAUGAUUCCACUGUUCAUAUAGCCAUUUAUUUGAUUUUUUUUUUUUAUAAGACAGAAAUUAAGGGAGGGAAAGAUAGAGAAAAAAAAUAGACACCUGUAGACUGCUUCACUGCUUGUGAAGCGACCCACCUGUAGGUGGGGCACAGGGGGCUCAAACCAGGAUCCUUGUGUUGGUUCUUACACUUCAUAUUAUGUGCAUUUAAUCCAGUGCGCCACUGGCCAACCCCUUCCUUAAUUUUUCUCUACUAAGCAAAUUUUAUAAUCCCUUGAAAUGGAUUAAAAAAUAGGGAGAAUCAUAUAGCUGUGCCCAGAGUAUAGUAAACAGACAGUUGUGCUCCUAGUGUCAACUGUAAACAAAAAAGGUCAACUGCUUUUUUCUGCUCCUUUUAGAAAAUUAUAAUUUUCCUGAGGGUAAGACUUUGCACUUCAGUUGUCAUCUUAGUGUUCUUUCUUUUCCUCCUACUGAUAUGACUUAACUGUGUGACCCUUUCUAAAGUCAAAUGGGAGGAAAGAUUCAUAUUGGGUUCUUGUGCCCAUUAACCCUUCUAUGAUGUACCUAAUUUUUUUUUUCAAAUAUAUCCUAGGCACAUUUAUAUCUAACUGGGACCAAAAUUCACACUUGAAACUGUACUUUUAAUAGCUUCUUAAUAGUGAUACUUAGGUAUGAAUUUUGGCAGAAGGGAGUUACCUGCUUACAGUUAAGUACCAAAUAACUAGUUCUUACAUUACAAAGUAUGGCUUUUAAUUAUGUUUGUGGUUGCUGAAAACAGUUCUAGUUUACCUCAAAAUCUGAAAGUCUUUCCCAAGUUAAGUGCCUAGCCAGCUGUCAUAAGUUAUAUACUAUAUUACUUUGUUGUUCCUUAAAUGUUAGCUUUCAGGGUGUGAAAAUAAGAUGUGUCUAAAAGCUACCAUGCCUAAUGUGUAAAUUAAUCUGUUGAGUGUUGUAUUAGCCCUAGCAGCUUACUAUAAAAUGUUACUUGGUAAUACAGUAUCAUAGUUAUUUUUCACUUUACGAGCAUAAUUGGAGUCUAUGUAUUUUAGUAGGUACCAUGUUUAGUCUUUCAUCAUCCUUUAAACUGCUGUGAAUUUUUUGUCUUGACUUGAAAACAAGGAUAAAGAAACACGUUAGAGAUUUUUUUUCCAUUCCAGAAUUUAGAAAUAUAAUCAUAUUUUGCAGUUAUGAAUUCUUAAAGCUGGCAGCUAUGUCCAAGAAUUUAAAAAAAGGUGCAUUCUUGCUUCUUGUAUAAGAAGUAAAGAUAAUUAGAGAAAUUAUUUAAUUUGGUUGGUUUCUACAAGCAAGGAACUAUAAGUGUACAUUAUUCAUCUUUUCUGUUUCUUUAAACAGUCUUAAGUGCCACAGUUAUUUUAAAGUAUUUUCUACAAGAAUUGUUUUAGAAAUUAUCGGCGAUGUAGAUAUAUUUCAAAAUGUAAAUGGUGGUUUGUUAAGAGCCUGAGUACUGACCUAGUUUGCAUCUGUACAAGUUAUGCUCUGGAGAGGACAGAGGAUAUUAAAAAAGUUGUCUGACAUAUUUCUGUGCUAUCAUAUACAGAUAAAAAUAUCAAUUGUGCAAUUCUGUUUUAACUGGAACUAUUUGACUUCCUGGGCCCUAAGUGAAGUUUUAAGGUUGAUAUUUUAAGUUGAUUAUUUUAUUGUAAAUUAAUCCAUCCUGGAUUUUUUUUUAAUUUGGUAGACUUUUUGUUAAUGUUUUAAAAAAAUAAAAACUGGAAGUUCUUUGCUCUGUCA